UCAAUCAGACCGUUGCUUGGCAGACACUGGAUGGUUAUGAGCCUGAACAAGCUGAAAGGGGCAGGAAAAGAAGUGGAGGCAAGCAUUCUUCCUAUUUAAAGCUGCAUCACUUGAAAAAAGUUUUCGCAGACUGUGCUGGAGCUGGUGCUGAAACAGGGGGUUUGCUGAGGCUGCCCCGGGGUUGGUGCUGAAACAAGAGCCCCCAGCGGACUUCAUGGUGCUACAGUGACUUCAGACUCUACUCUUUACUCCCGGGAGGACCCACAUGUCUCAUAUUUAGACAUAAUGGCAAACUGGGUGGCAGCAAGACCUCUCCUCAUUUUCACUAUUUUAUUAGGGCAAUGUGUCUCAAUAAAAGCCCAGGAACAAGAAGAGAACGAUUAUGACGAAGAAAUAGCCUGCACUCAGAAUGGCCAGAUGUACUUAAACAGGGACAUUUGGAAACCUUCUCCAUGUCAGAUCUGUGUCUGUGACAACGGCGCCAUUCUUUGUGACAAUAUAGAAUGCCAAGAAGUGCUCACCUGUGCCAAUCCUACAAUACCCACUGGGGAGUGCUGUCCUGUGUGCCCACAAACAUCGGGAGGUGGAAACACCAAUUUUGGUAGAGGACGAAAGGGACAAAAAGGAGAGCCUGGAUUAGUGCCUGUUGUAACAGGUAUACGUGGUCGUCCAGGACCAGCAGGCCCCCCAGGAUCACAAGGGCCAAGAGGGGAUCGAGGCCCAAAAGGAAGACCGGGUCCUCGUGGUCCUCAGGGAAUUGAUGGAGAACCAGGUGUUCCUGGUCAACCUGGUUCUCCAGGGCCUCCUGGACAUCCGUCUCAUCCAGGACCUGAUGGCAUGAGCAGGCCCUUUUCAGCUCAGAUGGCUGGUUUGGAUGAAAAAUCUGGACUUGGGAGUCAAGUAGGACUGAUGCCUGGCUCUGUGGGUCCUGUUGGUCCAAGGGGACCUCAAGGUUUACAAGGACAGCAAGGUGGUGUGGGACCAGCAGGACCUCCUGGUGAGCCCGGCGAGCCUGGACCAAUGGGUCCAAUUGGUGCCCGUGGACCAGAGGGGCCUCCUGGGAAGCCUGGAGAAGAUGGUGAACCUGGCAGAAAUGGAAAUACUGGUGAAGUGGGGUUUUCAGGAUCACCGGGAGCUCGAGGUUUUCCUGGUGCUCCUGGUCUUCCAGGCCUGAAGGGUCACCGAGGACACAAAGGUCUUGAAGGCCCUAAAGGUGAAGUUGGAGCAAAUGGUGCUAAGGGUGAAGCUGGCCCUACUGGUCCAAUGGGUGCCAUGGGUCCUCUGGGACCAAGAGGAAUGCCGGGAGAAAGAGGAAGACUUGGGCCACAGGGUGCUCCUGGACAACGAGGUGCCCAUGGCAUGCCUGGAAAGCCUGGACCAAUGGGUCCUCUCGGGAUACCUGGCUCUUCUGGUUUUCCAGGAAAUCCUGGGAUGAAGGGAGAAGCAGGUCCCACUGGAGCAAGAGGCCCCGAAGGUCCUCAGGGACAGAGAGGUGAAACUGGGCCACCAGGUCCAGCUGGCUCUCAAGGUCUUCCUGGUACGAUGGGAACUGAUGGUACGCCUGGUGCCAAAGGGCCCACGGGCUCUGCAGGUACCUCUGGACCCCCUGGCUUGUCAGGACCCCCUGGAUCUCCUGGCCCUCAGGGCAGCACUGGACCUCAGGGAAUUCGAGGACAACCGGGUGAUCCAGGUGUUCCAGGUUUCAAAGGAGAAGCUGGCCCAAAGGGGGAACCAGGGCCACAUGGUAUUCAGGGUCCCAUAGGCCCACCUGGUGAAGAAGGCAAAAGAGGUCCUCGAGGUGAUCCAGGCACAGUUGGACCUCCAGGACCAAUGGGAGAAAGGGGCGCUCCUGGCAAUCGUGGAUUUCCAGGAUCAGAUGGUUUACCUGGACCGAAGGGUGCUCAAGGAGAACGGGGUCCUGCAGGUUCCUCAGGACCCAAAGGAGGCCAGGGAGACCCAGGUCGUCCAGGUGAACCUGGCCUUCCAGGUGCUCGGGGUCUGACAGGAAAUCCUGGUGUUCAAGGUCCUGAAGGAAAACUUGGACCUCUGGGUGCACCAGGGGAAGAUGGCCGGCCAGGUCCUCCUGGCUCCAUUGGCAUCCGAGGGCAGCCUGGGAGCAUGGGUCUUCCAGGCCCCAAAGGUAGCAGUGGUGACCUUGGAAAACCUGGAGAAGCAGGAAAUGCUGGUGUUCCUGGGCAAAGGGGGGCUCCAGGCAAAGAUGGUGAAGUUGGUCCUUCUGGCCCUGUAGGCCCCCCGGGUCUAGCUGGGGAAAGAGGCGAGCAGGGACCUCCAGGCCCCACUGGCUUUCAGGGUCUUCCUGGACCUCCAGGGCCUCCUGGGGAAGGUGGAAAGCCAGGUGAUCAGGGUGUUCCUGGAGAGCCUGGAGCAGUUGGCCCAUUAGGGCCUAGGGGAGAAAGAGGAAAUCCUGGAGAAAGAGGAGAGCCUGGAAUAACUGGGCUUCCUGGUGAGAAGGGGAUGGCUGGUGGACAUGGUCCUGAUGGUCCAAAGGGUAAUCCAGGUCCAACUGGGACUAUCGGUGAUACAGGACCUCCAGGUCUUCAAGGCAUGCCAGGAGAAAGAGGAAUCGCAGGAACACCUGGGCCCAAGGGUGAUAGAGGUGGCAUCGGAGAAAAAGGUGCUGAAGGCACAGCUGGAAAUGAUGGAGCCAGGGGUCUUCCAGGUCCCUUGGGGCCUCCAGGUCCUGCAGGUCCUACUGGAGAAAAGGGUGAACCUGGGCCUCGAGGUUUAGUUGGCCCUCCUGGCUCCCGUGGCAAUCCUGGUUCUCGUGGUGAAAAUGGUCCAACUGGUGCUGUUGGUUUCGCUGGACCCCAGGGGCCUGAUGGACAGCCUGGAGUCAAGGGUGAACCUGGAGAGCCAGGACAAAAGGGAGAUGCUGGGUCUCCUGGACCCCAAGGGCUAGCAGGAUCACCUGGCCCUCAUGGUCCUCAUGGUGUUCCUGGACUGAAAGGUGGUAGAGGGACCCAGGGCCCACCUGGUGCUACAGGAUUUCCUGGUUCUGCUGGCAGAGUUGGACCUCCUGGCCCUGCUGGAGCUCCAGGACCUGCAGGCCCCAUAGGGGAGCCUGGGAAGGAAGGACCUCCAGGUCUUCGUGGGGACCCUGGCUCUCAUGGGCGAGUCGGUGAUAGAGGACCAACUGGCCCACCUGGCGGCCCAGGAGACAAAGGGGACCCAGGAGAAGAUGGGCAACCUGGCCCAGAUGGUCCCCCUGGUCCAGCUGGAACUACUGGGCAAAGAGGGAUUGUCGGCAUGCCUGGACAACGUGGGGAACGAGGCAUGCCAGGUCUUCCAGGCCCAGCGGGCACACCUGGAAAAGUAGGACCAACUGGUGCCACAGGAGAUAAAGGUCCACCUGGACCCGUGGGACCCCCAGGCUCCAAUGGUCCUGUAGGGGAACCUGGACCAGAGGGUCCAGCUGGUAAUGAUGGUACUCCAGGACGGGAUGGCGCUGUUGGCGAACGUGGUGACCGUGGAGACCCUGGGCCUGCAGGUCUCCCAGGCUCUCAGGGUGCCCCUGGGACUCCUGGACCUGUUGGUGCACCAGGAGAUGCAGGACAAAGAGGAGAUCCGGGUUCUCGGGGUCCUGUAGGUCCACCUGGUCGAGCUGGGAAACGUGGUUUACCAGGUCCCCAAGGACCUCGAGGUGACAAAGGUGACAAUGGAGACAGAGGUGACCGAGGUCAGAAGGGCCACAGAGGAUUCACUGGUCUUCAGGGUCUUCCUGGCCCUCCUGGUCCCAAUGGUGAACAAGGAAGCGCUGGAAUCCCUGGUCCAUUUGGUCCAAGAGGUCCUCCAGGACCAGUUGGUCCUUCAGGCAAAGAAGGAAACCCUGGGCCACUUGGUCCAAUUGGACCCCCUGGUGUGCGUGGCAGUGUAGGAGAAGCAGGACCAGAGGGUCCUCCUGGUGAGCCUGGCCCACCUGGCCCUCCAGGUCCCCCUGGCCAUCUUACUGCUGCGCUUGGUGAUAUCAUGGGCCACUAUGAUGAAAACAUGCCAGAUCCACUUCCAGAGUUUACUGAAGAUCAGGCGGCUCCUGAUGAUGCCAACAAAACUGACCCUGGGGUCCAUGCUACCCUGAAGUCACUCAGUAGUCAGAUUGAAACCAUGCGCAGCCCUGAUGGCUCCAAGAAGCACCCAGCCCGGACUUGUGAUGACUUAAAGCUUUGCCAUUCCACAAAGCAGAGUGGUGAAUACUGGAUUGAUCCCAACCAGGGAUCAACUGAAGAUGCAAUUAAAGUUUACUGCAAUAUGGAAACAGGAGAGACGUGUAUUUCAGCAAAUCCAGCCAGUGUGCCACUUAAAACCUGGUGGGCCAGCAAAUCUCCUGACAAUAAACCCGUGUGGUAUGGCCUUGAUAUGAACAGAGGAUCUCAGUUUACUUAUGGGGAUUACCAGUCACCUAACACAGCUAUUACUCAGAUGACCUUCUUGCGCCUUUUAUCAAAAGAAGCCUCCCAGAACAUUACUUACAUCUGUAAGAACACCGUAGGAUACAUGGAUGAUCAAGCCAAGAAUCUCAAGAAAGCUGUGAUUCUUAAAGGGUCAAAUGACUUAGAAAUCAAAGGAGAAGGAAACAUUAGAUUCAGAUACACAGUUCUUCAUGAUUCUUGCUCUAAGCGAAACGGAAAUGUGGGGAAGACUGUCUUCGAAUACAGAACACAGAAUGUGGCACGCUUACCCAUAAUAGAUCUUGCUCCUGUGGAUAUUGGCAGCACAGACCAGGAAUUUGGCGUUGAAAUUGGGCCGGUUUGUUACAUGUAACAGAACCCUAUAAACAUCAACAGUAAGCACCACCAUCAAUGACCACCACCGUUCACAAGAACUUUGACUGUUUGAAGUUGAUCCUGAGACUCUUGAAGUAAUGGCUGGUCCCGCAUCAGCCCUGUAUAUGUGGUCUGAAGUGCCUGGCCUCCUUAUCCUCCAGAAUAUUUAUUUUACUUAUAAGCCUCAAGUUUUAAUUGACUUAAAAUAUUUUUUCAACAUGGAAGUUUAGAUUGAAGACAACCAAUGACAGUGACCAACCGCCUUUACAAAAGAAGUAAACUUAUUAAAAAAUGAAUAUGUUUUCUUCAAUUCAUUUCAAUGUAAUAAAUAAGUUGCUUAGUAUUUAUGAGGGAAUUCUUCUUAGCAGGUAGCUUAAAGAGUGGGGUAUAUAAAACCACAGCACAUGUUUAUUUUGCUUGGCUGUAGUCUGACAAGUAGAAAGCAGUACCCUCUGUGACCUCUAUCUCAGAUUAGCAAUGAAAAAUGAACUCAAAAUGUUUUUUGUGGCUGAAGCUCACGUGCAUGUCUUGAUAAUGUACUACCAUUAUAGAGAUUCUUUAUAAUAUACCAUUAUAGAGAAUCUUUAUAAUAUUCUAGCUUCACACUAUCUUAAAUAAAAUCUUUAAAUAAUAUAAUCAAUGGAACUUCAAGAGAAAAAAAACUGAAAUGUUUUCAACUCUGUUUUUUUAAAAGACUGAUCUAUUUAGAAUUUUUUCUCUGAAUUUAAGAGUAACUUUUACCCUUUUGACAUAAUCUAUCAACACAGAUAGAAAUUAUAUUUGAUACAUUUGUGUUUUUUCUUAUUUAAGAAAACACCAAUCACAAAAAAUUAUUAAUGUAUGUAUAAUAUAGGCCCAGGAUCCAAAGUUGAGACUCUCCCAAAUGUACAAUCUUAUAGUCCUUGAAGCCUAUAAUGAAGAAAAUAUCUAGAAACCCAGAGCUCUGGUGCUUACUAAAAUCAAGAGUAAGGUUUAGAAUUACUCAUUCGGCUUUCGAACUUUCAUAGGAAAAUAUGACCCACCAUUUCUUAGCAGAGCUACCUCAUCUCUCAAACUGGGAUGGACUUGCUAUUCUUGUUUAUACUCUAAGCAUUGAAAGGUGCUAUGCUUCUGUUAUAAUUCCAAGACUGGAGAUAGGCAGGGCUAAAAACUCUUAUUUUUUUUCUUUAAUGAUGGUGCUAAAGUUCUUUCUACAUGAUUCUUUAAAAUAAAGAUUGUUUCAUCAAUGCCAUUUGUGAACACAGAACUGUUAAAUGUCCCAUUUCUGAAAGGAAGAGUGUUGUUCCAGGGCCUUUCCACUGCUCCUCCCACACUGCGUCUGGAAUGCUUUGUAAUCCUUGCAUGUUUCUUAAUCCAGAACACUUAGGUCCCUUGUGUCUCAAGGCAUUUUUUCCCCUUAAUUGCAUUUGUUGGCUCCAUUGUUAUUUCUGACUUAAAAAUAAAUAGCUCGGCCAUCCCAAAAGAAAAGCCAUGCACACUACUUUGGUCAUGUAUCUCUGCAAAACAUGAAAUUAAAUGCACGCUUUUGUCAUGUCA